CACUGAUCAACGGAAAGAGCCGAAGAUGUCGGCUCGGUCAUGUGAUCAGCUGUGUCCAAUCACAGCUGAUCACAUGAGAGCUGGCAAUCGGCUUUCCUUGGAGGGGACAUGUACCCAGAUCAUCAGAGCACAGAUGAUUACCCCAGCAGUGCCACCUAUCAGCGCCCAUCAGUGCCAGCUGUCAGUGCUCAUCCAUGCCACCUGCCAGUGCCCAUCAGUGCCACAUUUCAGUGCACAUCAAUGCCACAUAUCAGUACCCAUCAGUGAUGCCAAUCAGUGCCGCCUAUCAGUGUGCGUCAGUGCCGCCUAUCAGUGCCGCCUAUCAGUGCCAUAUAGGAGUUCUGCCUUUCAGUACCCAUCAGUGAUGCCUGUCAAUGCCCAUCAG